GUUGCCCCUUCACGCGGAUUGGUAGCUUUUUUGGCAGAUGGCGGAACCGGGUGGUCAGUGUAUUUAGCAAAAUAAUCGUUUUUUCCCACGUUUCCGAGUUGGAAAUCUUUAAUUAUCUUGCUUGGGCAUAUUCAUUGAAACAUUAUGCUUUUGUAUUUGCAUCAUUAGUUUUAUUACCCGAAAGCUAAACAUCAUUAAUGCUUUAGUUGUGGAUCGUAUUUAUCAGAAGAGUAUCCUCGUUAGCAUCUUUGUUGGAAGUUUAGGCCUCGAAAGGCUGUGACUGCUUUUUAACAAUAGCCAGGACACAAUUUUGCAUGUUUUGGAUCUUUCAUUUUAUUUUUACCUGGGUGGAAAAAAAUAACAUGCUAGUUAAGAUCACAAAGGAAGAUGUCCUACGGCGCAGCAGGAAGCGGUGGGAUGGCUGCUUGGAUGGAGGCAGCAAAUGGGGGUGUUACUGGUAAGAUUGAAGGAGUCAAGAAAGAUAAGACGGGAUCCAAGCUUUCUGUAGAAAGAGUCUACCAAAAAAAAACUCAGCUUGAACACAUUCUUCUUCGCCCUGACACAUACAUCGGAUCUGUGGAGCCCAUCACACAGCUAAUGUGGGUUUUUGAUGAAGAGGUUGGAAUGAACCAGAGGGAAAUUACCUAUGUACCUGGAUUAUAUAAAAUUUUUGAUGAGAUUCUUGUCAAUGCAGCAGAUAACAAACAGAGGGACAAAAACAUGAGUGCCAUUAAGAUCAACGUUGAUUCGGAAUCCAAUACCAUUUCUGUGUGGAACAAUGGUAAAGGAAUACCAGUGGUGGAGCACAAAGAUGAGAAAAUGUAUGUCCCAGCUCUCAUUUUUGGUCACUUGCUCACCUCCAGCAACUAUGAUGAUGAUGAAAAAAAGGUCACAGGCGGGAGGAAUGGCUAUGGUGCAAAACUUUGCAAUAUUUUCAGUACCAAAUUCAUCGUGGAAACUGCCUGCAAGGAGUACAGACACAGUUUCAAACAGACUUGGCAGAACAACAUGAGCAAAUCUUCAGACCCCAAGAUCAAGUUCUUCGAUGGAGAUGAUUUCACCUGUGUGACGUUCCAGCCAGAUCUGUCUAAGUUUAAGAUGGAGAAACUUGAUAAGGAUACAGUUGCUCUUCUGACACGCAGGGCAUAUGAUGUGGCCGGCUCUUGCAAGGGUGUCAAAGUCACAUUGAAUGGGAAAAAAUUACCUGUUAAUGGCUUCCGCAGCUAUGUGGAUCUGUAUGUGAAAGACAAACUGGAUGAGACUGGUGUAGCCUUGAAGGUGCUGCAUGAGACUGUAAAUGAACGAUGGGAAGUGUGCCUCACAAUGAGUGAGAAAGGAUUCCAACAAAUCAGCUUUGUCAACAGCAUUGCCACCACCAAGGGAGGUAGACACGUUGACUAUGUGGUGGAUCAAGUAGUGUCCAAACUUAUUGAAGUGGUGAAGAAAAAAAACAAGGCAGGAGUGUCUGUCAAACCUUUUCAGGUUAAGAACCACAUUUGGGUUUUUGUGAAUGCAUUGAUUGAGAAUCCAAGCUUUGACUCCCAGACAAAAGAAAACAUGACCCUCCAGACAAAAAGUUUUGGUUCCAAAUGCCUUCUGUCGGACAAGUUUAUCAAGGCUGCAACAAAUUGUGGGAUUGUUGAGAGUAUACUCAACUGGGUGAAGUUUAAAGCACAGACACAGUUGAAUAAAAAGUGCUCAUCUGUGAAGCACAGCAAGAUAAAAGGCAUCCCGAAGUUAGAUGAUGCCAAUGAUGCUGGUGGCAAACACUCCUCCGAAUGCACUCUGAUUCUCACUGAGGGUGAUUCAGCAAAAUCUCUUGCUGUGUCUGGACUCGGUGUCAUCGGGCGUGAUCGUUAUGGUGUAUUUCCGCUACGAGGAAAGAUCCUAAAUGUACGCGAAGCAACCCACAAACAGAUAAUGGAAAACGCUGAAAUCAAUAACAUUAUCAAAAUUGUUGGGCUCCAAUACAAGAAGAGUUAUGAAGACCCAGAGUCCCUGAGGAGUCUGCGCUAUGGCAAGAUCAUGAUCAUGACAGAUCAGGAUCAAGAUGGGUCCCAUAUAAAAGGUCUGCUCAUUAACUUCUUUCAUCACAACUGGCCUUCUUUGUUGAAACACACAUUCCUGGAGGAAUUUAUCACGCCCAUUGUCAAAGUCAGCAAGAACAAGCAAGAGCUGGCCUUUUACAGCAUUCCAGAGUUUGACGAGUGGAAGAAACAGACAGAAAACUAUAAAACCUGGCAUGUAAAGUACUACAAAGGUUUAGGCACAAGUACAAGCAAAGAGGCAAAAGAAUAUUUUGCUGAAAUGGAGAAGCAUCGCAUCAUAUUUAAAUACAAUGGUGCUGAGGAUGACGCUGCCAUAACUUUGGCCUUCAGUAAGAAGAAAACAGAUGACAGAAAGGAGUGGUUGACCAACUUCAUGGAGCACAGACGUCAAAGAAGAAUGCAUGGUCUCCCUGAGCAAUACCUGUAUGGAACACAAGCAAGGCAUCUAUCCUACAAUGACUUUAUCAACAAGGAGCUGAUUCUGUUCUCCAACUCGGAUAAUGAAAGAUCCAUCCCAUCGUUGGUUGAUGGGUUGAAGCCUGGCCAGAGAAAAGUGCUUUUUACUUGCUUAAAGCGGAAUGACAAAAGGGAAGUAAAAGUUGCGCAGCUGGCUGGUUCAGUCGCAGAGAUGUCUGCAUACCAUCAUGGAGAGCAAGCCCUCAUGAUGACCAUUGUCAACUUGGCUCAGAAUUUUGUGGGAAGUAACAACGUCAACAUCUUGCAGCCACUUGGUCAGUUUGGUACUCGCAUCAAUGGGGGCAAAGAUGCUGCAAGCCCUCGUUAUAUCUUCACUAUGCUAAGUCCUCUUGCCAAGCUGUUAUUUCCAGCAGUGGACUCUAACCUGCUGAGGUUCCUUUAUGAUGACAACCAAAAGGUGGAACCAGAGUGGUACAUUCCCAUCAUUCCAAUGGUGCUUGUAAACGGUGCCGAGGGCAUUGGAACAGGUUGGGCAUGUAAGAUUCCCAACUACGACCCCCGAGAGAUUGUGAACAACAUCAGCCGGAUGCUCAAUCAUCAAGACCCACUGCCUAUGCUUCCCAGAUAUAAAAACUUCAAAGGGGUGAUCCACGAACUGGGUCCAAACCAGUAUCUGGUCAGUGGAGAAGUGUCAGUGCUUGACAAAAACACGAUCGAAAUCACAGAACUUCCUGUUCGAACAUGGACACAGGCAUAUAAGGAGUCUGUGUUGGAGCCAAUGCUGCAGGGCACAGAAAAAACACCAUCACUCAUCAGCGACUAUAAGGAGUACCACACAGAUUCAACCGUUAAGUUUGUGGUUCGCAUGUCUGAGGAAAAACUAGCCCAGGCUGAGGCAGCUGGCCUCCAUAAAGUCUUCAAACUUCAAUCCAGCCUCACCUGCAACUCAAUGGUUCUGUUUGACCAUAUGGGUUGUCUAAAGCGAUAUGAUUCAGUCCAAGACAUUCUAAGAGAAUUCUUUGAGCUGCGCCUCCACUACUACAAACUUCGAAAGGACUGGUUAAUUGGUAGCCUCGGAGCUGAAGCAUCUAAGCUGUCCAAUCAAGCUCGUUUUGUGCUGGAGAAGAUCGAAGGAAAAAUUUCAAUUGAGAACAAAUCCAAGCGUGAGCUAAUCUACAUGUUGGUCCAGAAAGGGUACGAGUCUGACCCUGUAGCUGCCUGGAGUAAGGCUCAAGAAAAGGCCAAAGAAGAAGAUGACCACGAUGGAAAUGAGAGUGACAGCUCAUUGCUCUCUGGUACUUCGUCUGGCCCAAAUUUUAAUUACAUCCUCAACAUGUCCCUCUGGUGCUUGACUAAAGAGAAGGUGGAGGAGCUCCUGAAACAAAGAGACCAGAAGACAGGAGAGCUGGAGAAUCUCCAGAAGAAAUCUUCAGAGGAUCUGUGGAAGGAGGACUUGGCAGUUUUCAUAGAGGAGUUAGAUAACUUUGAGGCACUUGAGCGAGAAGAGCAUAAUUUAGGAAAAGUCAUCAAACUUGUGAAAGGUAAAGUUGGUAAACCCAAAGGAAGGAAGCUAAAUCUAGAGGAGACUAUGCCGUCACCAUUUGGCCGCAGGGUGGAUCCUCCAUCUCAACCCCUGAAAUCUGACGUAUAUAAGAAAGUGACAAAAAAGAAGAAGGUCAACUCAGACCCAGCUCUGAAGUUGGAGGGUGAUGAGGAUGCUUUGGGCCAAGAUGCAGCAACAGGCGAAGGCCCUAUGGUCAAACCACGUGUAAAGAAGGAUAACAAAGAACCAGGGGUUCCUAGACUGAGAAAAACACCAGGACUCAAAGGAACUCCUGCAAAGAAAGCGAAAAAAAGAAAUCCCUGGUCUGAAGAUGAGUCCAAUUCAGACAGUGAUCUGGAGAAUAGUCAGCCUGUCAUCCCCAGAGAGGCCAAGUCUCAAAGGGCAUCAGCAUCCAAGCCAAAAUACACAUUUGACUUCUCAGAGGAGGAAGAUGAGAGGGAUAAUGAGGAAGAUGAAAAUGAAAAUGACACUGUGGCCACUUUAGAAGACGAACCCAGUGCAUCUGAAAUGAAGGGACAAGACAGUGACCUUGAUGAUGACCUUUACGAUGAAAUCUCAUACUCUUCUCGCAACAAAAAGACCCUGUCCGGGCUUAUGGCUAAAAAGAAAGCGAUAUCCACAAUCGUCUCUUCUAAAUCAGUCUACUCAGAAAAGACCAAUGACAGUGACCGGUCUAAAUCUGACGGUGACGAUGACAACAGAGUUCUCUCCACCUAUUCAAACACCUCUGCAUUUGGCAGCCCAUCAUUAGCAAAGAAAGGGUCUAAGAAGCCAUUGGAUGCAGUUCCUAAACCAAGAAAGAGACCCAUACCAAUAGCAAAGAAACGGGAUAAAUCCAUCUGGGACUCUGACUCCGACACUGGGUCCAAGAAAUUAGCUCUUAAAAGUACAGGUAAAGGCCGAGGAAGAAAGAGAAUGGCAUCUGGGUCUGAAGAUGAUUAUAAUCCAAUAAAGAAAAUGGAAAAACUGGUAGGCAAGAAGUCUCACAAUACUCCAUCUGAUGACGGGGAUGACAACAACAGUCAGAGUGCCAUACAAACUUCAUUCCGACCAGGCCGUGCAAAGAAGGAGGUCAAGUACUUUUCUGAGUCGGACAACGAUCAUGACGACAUGUUCGACUAAAUACCCUUUUGACAAUGUUCACUCCCUUUGUGUGGAAUUCUUUACUACUACAGACUUUAUAUUAACUCUAUACAUUUUAUUUUGUUAAUUGUAUUGUUUUACAUUUUUUGUGUAGUUUUAUGUUGAUAGAUAUGUUCUGUAUGUGUCCGAGGCAGCUUUUAGAAGUUUAGAAAAGAUUAUAAUUGUUAAAGGAUAAUGUAACUUUUUGAAUAAGAGUAAACCUUGAACUGUG